CGCAGAUUGCUCUCAUCCUUCCACACAGAUGCGUUCCUUCACUGUUCUUCAAUCCCUGUCCUAUGGGAUAACAAUUUUUCUCACUUUCCGCACCUUGUCGUUUUCCGAUUAUGGGUUCGCAUUGCAUGGAGGUUUCGCUCUUGAGUUCUGGACGGUUGGAGUGAUCGAGGUUUGAUGGGUAGUGAUUGUGUUUGUUGUGGCAGGGAGUAGAUUUGAGGUGCUGAGUUUGGUGGUGGUGGUGGUAGUGGUGGUGGUUGGGCCGUGAUGCGGUGAAGUUGGUCAGUGAGAAAGUGGGUUGGGAGUUGCCGGAAUGGCCAAUGUGUGGUGCGUGCAGAAUGGGGUGCAGGGAUUGCGAAGUUAUUGUGGGUAUGGGAAAGUGGGCGCUAUCGUCGUGGGCAAGAGCCAAUCCUUGUUGGGAGCUCGGAGGAACAGGGGAUUUUGCAAGUUAGGGCUUCGGAUUGCGUGUACAGCGCGUCCGGCAGAUAUGGAGGCUGGGAAUGUGGAGUGGCUUGAUAUUCCCAAACAGGGUGGAGUAGGUGGUGACGAGGAAACUACCCGCGAUCGAAAGGAGCAGGAGAAUCUCCAGAAGCAAGGGGUGCAGAUUGCAGCUUCGAAGGGCAGUGGUGUUCUUGAUUUGCCUGCGCAGAGUGAUGUCGAUCAGCGGCGCCGCGAGCAACAAUUUGCUAGUAUACUACAGGUGCCGAGAGAGGAAAGGGAUAGGGUUCAAAAAAUAGAAGUAUUAACUCGAGCAGCAGCUGCAUUAGCUGCUGUAGACGCCUUGUUGGCUAGUAAUCCAGCAAGGAAGGCUCCACCUAAACCUGAAGUUCCAGCCCCUCGCUCGAGUAGUUCCCCUCAAUGGGUGACUACUUCCACCGUGGCGGUGAAACUGCCUGCCCUUCAACAGAGACCUCUCUCUUCAGACGAUCUGUCAGAGAUUACGUCGGGAACUGGAUCCACUCUUGGAGCAGCAGCAACACCAGGGCCAGACUUCUGGACAUGGGUACCUCCCCCAGACACCCGAAAACCGGAGGAUGUACUCCCUCCAAAGAUGAAUAUGCGAGCGGAUUUGCCGAAGUCCAUGCCCAAAUUCACGGAGAAGGAGAGAACUCCUGAGGAGAAUCUUGACCUUCCUCUGCAGAGAGAGGUCCAGGAUCUGCCAAAAGAGCUCCCAUUGGUGUUCCAGAGCAGAUCUGUGCCAUCGCUGCCUCCGCUUCAGUCCCUGCUGGAGGUUGAGAAGGAAAAGACGGGAGAGCAGCAGGUGACUCACGAGGCUCUCAAUGAGGCUUCACUGCAAAUACCAGAAUCGGUAACAGAGACUGUCUCUGCAAUGAAACAGGGAAUGCAGACGGCAGGACAGGACGCAAGCGAUACAAGUGGUGUACACGAAGAUGGUUCACGCUGGUGGAAAGAAACGGGCGUGGAGAAUCGUGCCAAUGGCGUCACUUGCACGUGGACAGUCAUGAGAGGCGUAAGUGCCGAUGGGAGUGUGGAAUGGGAAGAGAAGUUUUGGGAAGCCGCUGAUGCUUACGACUUUAAGGAGCUCGGAGCAGAGAAAUCAGGGCGUGACGCAAGUGGGGGUGUAUGGCGCGAGUUUUGGCAAGAAUCCAUGUGGCAGGAUGCAACGACGGGGCUUAUGCACAUCCAAAAGAGCGCUGACAAGUGGGCGAAGGACGGACAUGGAGGGCAAUGGCAUGAGAAGUGGAUGGAGAAAUACGACGCUUCAGGGCGUGCUGAGAAGUGGGCGGACAAGUGGAGCCAAAUUGACUUGACUACGCCUCUGGAGCCUGGCCAUGCUCAUGUUUGGCACGAAAGGUGGGGUGAAGAGUAUGAUGGACAAGGUGGUAGUAUGAAGUACACAGACAAGUGGGCCGAACGGUUAGAAUCUGGUGGCGGAUGGACGAAGUGGGGAGAUAAAUGGGACGAGCGCUUUGAUCAGAAUGGUCACGGCGUGAAGCAAGGUGAGACGUGGUGGGAGGGAUUGCAUGGUGAGCGCUGGAACAGGACGUGGGGUGAGGGACACAAUGGCUCUGGUUGGGUGCACAAGUAUGGGCAGAGCAGCAGUGGGGAGCAUUGGGAUACGCACAGUCAGGAAGAGACUUUUUAUGAUCGGUACCCGCACUUCGGAUUCCGUGAAUGCUUUGAGAACUCCAGAGAGCUGCGGAGGGUGGGUAAGAAGAGAAGAAGACACUUGUAGAGCCUCCUUGGCAUCAGAAAAGUUUUCUUGCUGUUGUAAGCAGUCUGUUCUGAUGGAUUUAAAUGUUAUACUAAAACUUGAUGAGAAAUUGUUCUAGCACGAACACCAAGAACUACACGAAGCGAUGAUAAGGAUUUAAUGUCAACCUUCAAGUUUAGAAUUUGGUACCGUUAGUUGCGAAUAUAAAAGGGUUUUUAUCCCAACAUUCGCUUACUGAGAAUUACUUACUGAUAGGCCUCCCAACUGAGGGAUGGGUAUAAUUGAAAAUGUUGGAUAUAUGAGUCAUUAGAGUAACACAUUCCUGAUACUUCAAAUUUGGUGAAAGUGAUUGUGUGGCUAUCUCAAUAAAGACCAAUUUGUAGUGUUGCA